AUGGGAUCGAUAGGUCGAAACGAGCUUCACUCCAACGUAGUGAACAGUCACUCGCAAGAUGGUACCUACCAGAUCAUUGAGGAGCCAAGUAGACGCAACAGAAAGAUCCGCGUUCUUGUGAUCGGCUGUGGUGCAAGUGCCAUCAACCUUGCGCACGAAAUAGAUACCAGUGAUUUGAAUCUGGAAUUGGUGUGCUACGAUAAGAAUCCAUCCGUUGGAGGUACUUGGUAUGAAAAUAAGUACCCAGGCUGUGGCUGCGAUAUCCCAUCGGUGAACUAUCAGUACUCAUGGGCCCCUUCGUCAGAAUGGUCAUCCUUCUAUUCGAGUGCCAGCGAGAUCCUUCACUAUUUCAAAACCGUUGUGAAGGAGUAUGGCCUGAUGAAGUAUAUGCGUCUGAAUACCAAGGUCGUGGAUGCGCAAUGGGACGAGGAGAGUCAGCAGUGGCGUGUCAAGAUUCAGAAGACGGAUGGUUCCAGUGUCGUUUUUGAGGAUACGGCAGAUAUUUUGAUCAAUGCCAGUGGUGUUCUCAAUAAGUGGAAGUGGCCUACCAUUCCAGGCCGAGAGACGUUCCAGGGCCCAAUGAUGCACAGCGCCAACUGGGAUGAUAGUAUUCAUCUGGAAGGCAAACGUGUUGGUGUUAUUGGAUCUGGAUCCUCUGCUGUUCAAAUUGUGCCAAAUAUCCAGGCCUUAGCCAAUUCUGUGAAAUGCUUUAUUCGCAGUCAGUCCUGGGUCACCGCUAGCGUUGGCCAGCGCUUUGCUGGAAAAGGAGGCACCAAUUUUCAAUACAACGAGGCUCAAAGGGAAAUUUUGCGCAAUGAUCCUCAGAAGUAUUUGGCCUACCGAAAGAAGAUUGAGUCUGAAUUGAACUCUCGGUUCCGUUUCAUUCUGAACGGGUCAAAAGAGCAAGCCGAAGCCCGGAAGGCUGCUGAGUUGGACAUGCGUACUAGACUAGCUAAGAAGCCCGAGCUUGCAGACCUGAUAAUUCCAACUAACUUUGCUGUUGGUUGCCGUCGGCCGACUCCAGGCGCUGGCUAUCUUGAGGCUCUUUGUGAAGACAAUGUGUCGGUCGUGUCCGAAACUAUUCAGGAGAUUACUCCUAAGGGAAUCAGGACAGCUGACGGUUUUGAGCACGAGUUUGAUGUGAUUGUGUGUGCUACCGGCUUUGACGUGAGCUGGAAACCCUCCUAUCCCACUAUCGGACGUGAAUCUCGCAAUUUGAUUAACGAAUGGGCCACUGCGCCUAGCACCUAUCUUUCUAUUACUGUUCCGCAUUUUCCUAACUAUCUAAUUUUCAAUGGCCCAUUCGGACCCUACGGCCAUGGCAGUUUCUUGCCCAUUACCGAAAUUAUCUCCAAACAUUUCAUGAUGAUGUUCCAUAAGAUGUCUGAAGAAGGAGUUACCUCAUUCGAUGUGAAGGAAGAUGCAGUUGCCGACUUUGUUCAGCAUCGUCGCGCAUUCUUGCAACGAACGGCAUGGGCAUCACCUUGCCGGUCUUGGUUCAAGGCAGGAACCACAGAUGGUGAAAUCAUGAUGUGGCCUGGAUCUCGCAUUCACUUCUUUGAGACCAUGAAGUCCCCUCGUUGGGAAGACUACAAUCUCAAAUACACCACCGCCAACCGUUUUGGAUAUCUAGGCAAUGGCUUUGCGGAGCGGGAGUCAGAUGGUAGUGAUUUGACAUGGUACCUUGGACUCUUGAAUGGACAGGAGACACAGCCUGACUUACCGGAUGAAGACUUCCAAGAGUUUAUGACUCAAUAA